AUGGGCAAAGGCAACUACGCUGAGCGUGUGGGCGCUGUCGCACCAGUCUACCUGGCCGCCGUGCUUGAAUACCUGACUGCUGAGAUCCUGGAGUUGGCCGGAGACACUGCCUGUGCAAACAAGAAAACUCACAUCAUCCCCUGUCAACUGCAGCUGGCCUUCCGUAACGACGAGGACCCAACAUUCCGGGCGGUGCUACUCCCCAAGAAGACCGAGAAUGCCGUCAAAGCCAAGUAAAUUCGCUACUGCGGCUUCAACUUGACUACUCAACCCCCAAAGGCUAUUUUAAGUGCCAACCAAUUGAGUGGGUGUAUACACAAAGAACCAGACACCUGGAUAGUUCCCGUUGAGGUUCCCCCCGGAAGAGAAAUUGUUUCUGACUGCAACAGUGAGUCCUACAACAUCUUAAUUAUAUCAACCCCCUCUCCACUAAGCACCCCAGUUAUUUUAGGGACACAUAUCACUUCUUAGAAAAUAUCAAACACAUAGCUGUUCCCUCCCAAACAUAUACACAUAUAUACAGUAUCUCACAAAAGUGAGUACACCCCUCACAUUUUUGUAAAUAUUUGAGUAUAUCUUUUCAUGUGACAACACUGAAGAAAUGACACUUUGCUACAUUGUAGAGUAGUGAAUGUACAGCUUGUAUAACAGUGUACAUUUGCUGUCCCCUCAAAAUAACUCAACACACAGCAAUUAAUUAAAGAAAGACAGUGUCCUUCUUGAGAAGGUGGUUCAAAGGAGCUGCUAUCCCCGCGAACCCUUUCACAAACCUACGAUAGUAGGAUGCCAGACCCAGGAAGCUCUUAACCUCUUUUUUUCCCCUUGGAAUUGGCCACCCCCUCACAGCCUCCACUUUGUCUGGCAACGUGCUGAUACCCUCACCACCCAGCUGAUGACCCAGGAACGCCACCUCCCUUUGCAUGAAAUGGCACUUUUCCGGGUGUAAUUUUAGCCCCGCCCCCGAGAUCCUCUCCAGCACUCGCCUAAGUGCCCCCAGUGCCCCCUCAAACGACGUGCCGUGUACCAAUAUGUCGUCUAGGUACACGACACACUCGUCUCUCGGAACCCCCGCCAGCACUCUGUCCAUGAGCCUCUCAAAGGUGGCAGGAGCAUUACAAAGCCCGAAGCACAGCACCUUGAACUGCCAAUGGCCCCUAUCCGUGGAGAAGGCCGUUUUUUCACGUGCCCCAGGCGAGAGGGGCACCUGCCAGUAGCCACUGCGCAGAUCAAGGGAAGAGAACCACGAGGACCCUCUGACGUGGUCUAGCGACUCAUCGAUCCUCGGUAUGGGGUAAGAGUCUUUAAUGGUGACAGAAUUUAGGCCCCUGUAGUCCGCACAAAACCUAAGUUUACCCCCUUUCUUAGGCACCAUGACGACCGGCGCGGACCAUGGGCUAUCUGAUGGCUCAAUGAAAUCAGCCCGCAACAUGUCAGCAAUAGCUGUGGCUGCUGCUUCCCUCUUGGCAAGGGGAAUUAUUUAUUUAUUUAUUUUUAUUUUGAAUGCGACGGGGCCGAAUUUUAAUGGGUUGGUUGUCCCCAGUGUCGAUGUCGUGCUGAACCAGGUGCGUUUGCCCUACCUCAUCUUCCCCCCAAGCGAAGCUAUCUUUAAAGGCACCCCGGCCGCCGCUGCUCUCACCUCUGGUUGACUGGCAACCUCCACUCUCACUCCCUCACCCCAGAUCAGCUCCCUCUUCCUGGCUAUCUCCACUGCAGCCCGCAGAGAUGCUGGGUCCAACAUCUGCACAUGCUUACCCAGUUCGGUGGGGGAGAGCGCUCUAAUAAAACUGUCCCGUGCCAGCUCGUCUUGCACCCCAAUCGGCAUAUUUGCAUAAGCCCACCUGGUCAGGCUCAGAAUAUCACUUGCCAACGCCUUUAAUGAUUCCCCCUGAAGUCUCUUUUUGUUAUUCAGUUCAAUCCGCAGCAUGUUGGGCUGUGUAUCGCUGCCGAAACGGCCCCCCAAUGCCUCCACUAGCGCACCGUAGUCGCCCCUCUCGUCCGGGGCUAGCGUUAGCAGGCAUUCCGACGCCUCCUCUGACAGGCUCAGGGCAAGCCUUUCGUCUCGUCAGACCACCUCCCGGCUCUAGCCAACAACUCGAAUUGAGUGAAAAAAACUUCCCAUUUACCUUGUCCAUUGAACUUUGGAAGUUUAGCCGCUACCGUGGCUAAUGGCAAUAGGGCGCUGCCAUCUCUGUUUACAUAAGGAGGUCCAGCCAUUUCCGGACGCGGUGACGUCGAUAUCUCCGUCGCCGUGACGUCUUUUCUGGUCGAGCGGUUUGAAGGAAAACCCGCCCGUUCUGCCAUCUUGCUGACUGACAAUUUAACUCCCGCCAUGUGGCUCUCCAGCUCUUCUACAGCCGUCAUCGCCUGACCCUCCCGACCGGGUACACCCGAGCCCACAACGGACACUUUGUCCGACUCUUCCUUAAAUUUCCGCCUCGCCCCGAUCAUCAUGACCGUAGAUGCGAGUCACGCUAAAGCUAACCACGGCCUAUACUGAAACAGCUAACUCGCCUAAUCUCGAUCUAUCCCGUCGUUCGAAAGCACUUCUGACACCAAUGUAAUGACCCCCGGCUGGGUCAUAAAGUAAAAGAGAGACGGGCACCAGGUGUACAGGCAGAACACAGGUUUAUUCCUGAAUGGGUUAUUGUUCAGGCCACAACCCACGCCGCUAAACCUUGAACAUACACAAAUAGAACAUGUCAAAUCAAGGGUCCCGAACAGAAGAGAGAGAGAUGAGACCGUAACCCCUAUUUAAUCAUUCCAAAACCCCACGGGAUUACCCAUCAUACCCCCCCAACCUUUCCAUCUGUCCUGGCAUAUUUAACCCCUGCUAGUACCCAUGAGAACGAUAACACAUCCAUGAACACAGAACACAAUACAGGGUCGUUACAGUAUUAACUAGCCAACCUUGUAACAAGCAAACUAUUAACAAUUAAUUAUUUAUAAACGUAUAUACACUUGUGUGUGUGUGUAAUAUUUUAUAUAUAUAUAUACAAAUCUAUCUGAUGCAAUUGAUUUAUUCUCAAUAAGUUCUUGAUUUGAUUCAUUUGUUCUUUCAAAAUAAGACAUAAAUUCAUGUUUAAUCCAUAUAGUUUUGAGUAAAAAAAAAAUAUGUUAAGUAGCAGUUACAUAAAAAUGAAAAAUGUUCAUAUUAUUAUUAUUAUAAGUUCAAUAAACUCAAAAAGAAGAAAAUUGCUACUGGCACUCAACAUUUUUAAGUAAGUACAACUUUUAAGAACAUUUUAAGUUUACACUACGUAUUACAAUUAAUUAUUUUGAACAUUCGGGUUUACAGUGUAGUAGACUACUGACACUCACUUGUAUGGAAUGGGUAUGGGGACUACAUUAUGCUACCUGUGGCUUUCUCAUGCACGGUUAUACGUCAGACAUUUAAACGGCUAGGGAUAGCGGAAAGUAAACCCCGUAUUGAGUCAAUACUGACAUCUAUUGGUAAACAUAAUCCUUAACAUACAUAUCCCAGGUUAGUGAACAUUUAAAUCAAGCUGGAUUACAAGAUGCCCUUAUUUUUUAAAAUCAGAAUGUAGUGAACAGGCUGAUGGGCAAAGGCAACUACGCUGAGCGUGUGGGCGCUGUCGCACCAGUCUACCUGGCCGCCGUGCUUGAAUACCUGACUGCUGAGAUCCUGGAGUUGGCCGGAGACACUGCCUGUGCAAACAAGAAAACUCACAUCAUCCCCUGUCAACUGCAGCUGGCCUUCCGUAACGACGAGGACCCAACAUUCCGGGCGGUGCUACUCCCCAAGAAGACCGAGAAUGCCGUCAAAGCCAAGUAA